UUAGUAUGAAAUAAUAAUAAUUAAAAUAUUCGAGUUGUGAAGAAUAGGACUUUUCCGCGCUAAAAUGGGCAUUACGGGCCUUAUCAAAUUUCUGGGGAAAGCUUCAUCUGAUAUACAUUUAAAGGAUAUACGGGGCAGCACCGUGGUGGUGGAUACGUAUUGUUUGUUGCACAAAGGCGCUUUCGGCUGUGCUGAAAAGUUGGCGAGAGGUGAAGACACCGACCAAUAUAUGCAAUAUUGUAUGAAAUAUGUAGAGCUGCUGUUAAGUUAUGAUAUCAAACCGAUUUUGGUAUUCGAUGGCAGACACUUGCCUGCGAAAGAACUGACUGAACGACGGCGACGGGAAAGCCGAAAGCAAUCACGCGAAAUGGCUUCAGCAUUGCUACGUGCUGGAGACAAGGAAGGUGCACGUUCACAUAUGCGCCGAUGUGUUGAUAUAACACAUGAAAUGGCUUUGCGUGUAAUACGUGAAUGUCGGCUGCGAAAUGUCGAUUGCAUAGUGGCACCAUAUGAAGCGGAUGCACAAAUGGCCUGGUUAAAUAAGGUCGGUGUGGCACAAUAUGUUAUAACCGAAGAUUCCGAUUUGACAUUAUUUGGCGCAAAUAAAAUAAUAUUCAAGCUGGACUUGAAUGGCACUGGAUCACUCGUAGAAGCAGACAAAUUUUAUUUGGCAAUGGGGUGUAAAAGGGAGAACUACAAUUUUGAGAAAUUUAGGCGCAUGUGCAUACUGUCAGGUUGUGAUUAUUUAGAUUCGCUUCCGGGUAUUGGAUUAAUGAAGGCGUGUAAAUUUAUACUUAUGACGGAACAAGAAGAUAUGUGGAAAGCACUGCGAAAAAUACCGGCUUAUUUGAAAAUGAAAAAUUUACAGGUGGAUGACGAAUACAUUGAACAGUUCCAUAAAGCGGAAGCCACAUUUAAGCAUAUGUUUAUCUAUAAUCCGUUUGAAAGGCGUAUGGAACGGUUAAAUGAAAUCACUGAACCCAGCACAGAGGAACGCUACUGCUCCAACGCAGGUAUAAUAAUUGACGACCAAGAACGCGCUUUGCAGCUUGCGUUAGGAAACUUAAACCCAUUUACAUUUAAACAGCUAGACAACUGGCAUCCGGAUAGGAAUUACGGAUUUGCACAGGCAACGAAAAAUAAAAUCAAACGCGCCAAACAUAAAAGCAUUUGGCAAGAAAAAUAUCAAGCACUUUCCAACGGUCAUAUUUCGAAGGAUGUGGUGAAGGACGACAAAUGUGCCUUGGAUUUUAGAAAAGUAGAUUUUUCAACUAAAUUUAUUAACGAAGAAAUCACCGAAAAUGCACGUGCGGAGCGCGCCAAACCUGAAGAAGCCGAAAUAUUUUCUAUGUAUCAAUAUAAGGCUACCGAGCUAGAAGAGCCAAGUGCCAAGCGGCGACGAUAUAGUAGCGAAAGCAAUAACGAUGAUGCUGAUGAACACAAAAAAUCAGAAGCAACACAAAAUGUGGUUUUAACACACAAUAACCAUAACCCUUUUGCCAAAGUACAAUGUAUGGAAGUAGCGAAAAGUGCCAAAACCGUUUGUGAAAAUUCAUCUCUGUUGAAAAUACUCAGCCCUAAGAAAGCGCGUUGUGAAGCUAAUUUAAGGAAGAGUAUUCCCUUAAAUAGUCCUAAAAGUCCGUUAGAUAGAUUGCAGGAAACGGCUAUAGUUAAAAGUCGAUUUUUUUCAAACAAUGUCAACGAAGUCAGCAGAAUCAAGAAAAAUGUAAGCAGAGAUUUAACUGCUGAAAUAAAUUCAAUAGAAAAGCAAUCAUACCAAAAGGAGGAAAAACUAGCAUUGCUCUAUGACUCACCAUCGCCGAAGAAAACUUUACUUGGAGAAUUUAGCGCUGCCAUGAAAAAUGAAAAAAAAUUUAAAAUUAGCAAAAACGAACACAAAAGCUGCGUAAACGAUGAUGAAGUGUUAGAAGAAGAGGUCGCUAGUACGUGCGCUUUGAAAUUGAAUACUAGCUUUAUUGCAGGUGAUAUUGUAGAUAAUGAAAGUAAAAAUAGUAUAGAUAAUGCUAUAACGAUAUCCGAUGACGAAGAUAAUGAUAACAGCAAAUACGAAAAUUCUAGUCACACAGUAACACCAACAUCACAAAAGUCCAACAACUCGACAAUGUUUUUCAAAUCGCAAGAGAAGCUGCGUUUGGGCUUAACGCGUACGAAAUCCAAAGCGGCAUUGAAAUCACAAAAGACAAAUGGAAAAUCUAAAUCGAAUUCCACGAUUACCUCAACAACCGCUAUGUUGCAGAGUCAAACGCGUUUAACUAUGUUUGGCUUCCAAAAACGACCCACUUUGAAGUAGUGUUGUAAGCAUUAAUGUUUUGUAUAUGUGUAGUUUUGAUAUGUACGUUUAUAUAGGUUAAUGUUACAUAGUAUUUUCUACUAUUUAUUAUGUGUAUUAUCUGUUAUAUAUACCUCUAAGUAUUUGAGUGGAGUUAGCAUAAUUUAAUACACGUUUCAUUAUAGUCUAAAAAAUUAUGGUUGUGGUUGAUUAUCAAUCAAAUAAAGGCUAAGAAAUUAACACUGAUA